AUGAAGCUCAUUCUGGCCCCCGUUCUCCUCGCGGCGCUCUCCCCGCUCGUCGCCGCCGCUCCCGCGCUUCUCGCGGCGGAGGCCGCAGCGAUCCCGACGGCCAAAUAUCUGCCCGGAAAUCGCUCGGGCACCUUUGUCAAAGCGCCUGGUGACUUCGGCGCGCAGGCCGGCCAGGCCGUCGAUUCCGAGGCCAAGGUUGCUGCGAUCAUCUUGGCUCAGGCGGCAGCUGUCCACUCGGCCACUGCGUAA